AAUCAACGAAAGCAAAUUGAGCCCCACGACUCCCCGUAAUUAACUUCAGCAGCUCCGACACUCACGUGAGCACACAAACUCACUCACUUCUCCUCCUCCUCCCCUUGUUGCUGCUGCUGAAACGUUGGACUCUCACCCUUCUAUUUAUCGACAAACUUCGAGGUAAAAGAGUGACUUUUGUUCACCAUGUUCGACUUGAAGAAGAGGAAUAGUUUGACGCUGAACAGCGGUCGUGACGCGGAGGAGUUCAGGCGUGUGGCGGUCAGGCGGAAAGUGAAAGGCGAUGCACCGGAUUGUCACACGGUGGUGAGCGGUGGCGUUUACAGCUGUGGGGGUUCAACCUCCAAACAUGAAGACCAACAAAGUCCAACGAAGAGAACCCCCUCCAAGCCCCAAGUACCCCCCAAGCCGGCUCACCUCCAGAGUCCGAUGAGGAGCGUACCACCCUCUUCUUCCAAGCAAUCGCCUCAGCAUUUUAAUGACAAGAGUCCAAUCCCAGCUUGCUGCCACACAUCCCCGAGUCCAAACAAAGCAGGGGCAGGCUGUUUCCUCCCUGGAUCACAUUUAAGCCCCAUCAGGCUCUCCCCUUCCCAGAAGAUCCCCAAGUUUGCAAGCAGCCCUUCAUUGGGGUCCCCAAGUCCUGGUAAGAGGGGCAUCCAAAACUGUAGCCCCUUGAGGGAGGGCGGUCACAGUCCCGCUAAGUUGUCCCCAAGAAACCGUAGCCCUCUAUCGGGAAUAUUACGGACCCCCAGCCCUGUUCAGAGCAAGGUGGGGAGCUACAGCCCUGCUCGGAACUCUAAAUCCUGGCUGGGUUUACACAGGAUUCCAAGCGUGAAGACGGAGUGUCAGGAGAAGAGGCCGGGGAAGUCUUUGAGCGUGCCAGACCUCAUUGUGUACAUGGACGAAAGAACUCCAUUGAAAAAAGGGGAAUGUUCUCCUCAGCCCGCUAUCACCAUCGAAGCUCCAGAAGACUGCAGACUCAAUCGCACCAUGGAGGAUGUCACUUCUAAUCGCUCAAUCAGCAGCAACGAGCACCAAGGUAAUUGUGUCCUACUUGGGGACGAAAAAGCCUCCAAGAUCCGUGUCGGAUCCAAGUUUAAAUGCGGAUGGACUGAGGGUGAAAAACGUGGGGAGGAGAGGAAGAAGGAGGCACCAAAGGAGGAGGAGAAGAUGGAGCAAAAGUUGUUCAAGAUAGCCAGUGAGCUCCUGCACACGGAGAGGGCCUACGUGGCUCGGCUACACCUGCUGGACCAGGUGUUCUGUCUGCGCCUCACAGAAGAGGCCGGGCGUGGCUCCUUUCCGGCAGACGUUGUCCGGAAUAUCUUCUCCAACAUUUCAUCCAUCUACUCCUUCCAUAGCCAGUUCUUGCUGCCUGACCUGGAAGACUGCAUCAGUCACUGGUGUGAGCGGCCAGGUUUGGGAAAUGUUCUCCUGCAGCACGCCCCCUUCCUGAGGAUGUACGCCGACUACGUCCGGAACUUCGACCAAGCCAUGGAGCUGAUAAGAACAUGGACGGAGCGCUCCUCAGCCUUCAGGAACAUCAUCCAUGACAUCCAGAGUCUGGAGGCCUGUGGCAGCUUGACUCUCCAGCAUCACAUGCUAGAACCGGUCCAGAGGAUUCCUCGCUAUGAGAUGCUGCUCAGGGAUUAUGUCAAGAAAGUGCCCACCACAAACCCAGACUACGAAUUUGCACAAAAAUCCUUGGAGACAAUCUCCAUGGCUGCCAACCACUCCAACAGCGCUAUCCACAAAGCUGAGAACAUCAAGCGGCUACUGGAGAUCUACGAGAUGCUCGGAGAGGAGGAAGUGGUGAACCCGACCAACGAGUUUCUAAGGGAAGGUCGCCUGCUCAAACUCGCCGCCAGGAACACGUCCGCCAUGGAGCGCCACCUCUUUCUGUUCAACAACUUUCUGCUGUGCUGCACGCCAAGGUUCAGCCUAGUCGGGCAGCGUUUUACGGUGCGGUGCAGAGUAGGAGUGGACGCCCUGCAGGUGCAGCAAACCACCAAUGAGGACCACCUUUACACCUUCCAGGUGUCGGGAAAGGAGAAGACACUGGAGCUGCAGGCCAGCUCCGAACAAGACCGAGAUGAGUGGAUAAAGGUGAUUCAGGAUGCCAUUGAUGUGUUCCAGAAGAAAAAUGAGACCUUCAAGUUGGCCUCAAAGGAGCUCCAGGCGGAGGACCUGACGGAAGAGCUUGGCCGCCGUGCACCCCGCUGGAUCCGCGACAACGAGGUGACAGUGUGCAUGAAGUGCCAGGAACCCUUCAAUGCUCUCACCCGGCGACGACAUCACUGCCGGGCGUGCGGCUGUGUGGUGUGCUGGAAGUGUUCUGACAACAAGGCGGCGCUGGCGUACGAUGGUAAUAAGCUGAACAAGGUGUGUAAAUCCUGCUACUCCAUCUUGACUGGACAAAGAGGAGAGAGGAUCAAGAAACAACCAGCAGAGGUAAAUUUCCCCAGCAACUGCGUGAUGAGCGGCUUCCUGCAAUACGGAGACAAUCCCAAAACGUGGCAGCGGGUGUGGUGUGUCAUCACCAACACCGAACACCCCCUCCUCUCUUUGUGUGCUGCUUCACAGGAUGUGAAGCCCCUCUUCAGUAUUCCUCUGCUGGGCUGCACUGUGGAAGAUCCCCCUCAGGACCUCCAGGGACACUUUUGUGUAAGACAAUCCAAAAGCAGCCACAUGUUCACCUGCGAGGAUGUGGAUUUUAAACAGCGAUGGAUCACCGCUCUCAAAGCAGCCGCUGCCGCCAGUUACGGCUCCGACGACUGCACCAGCGAAUCCAGCGGGGAGGAGUUUGUUCUUAAUGGCAGUAAGGAAAGCUAAGCAUUUACAAGUAGGCAUUCAAAUUGACUUUAUUUCUGAAAUGGUUUACAGUAAAAUAAAUAAAAGUGUUUUAACAUGAGUCU